UAGUUUGAAAGAUGGCGGGCGAUCUGAGAGGAAAAUAUCAAUACAAUUUUAGUUGAAAGAGAUCUUCUCGAGAGGAUUUUCCAAGUUCGUUGUAACUUAAAACACAUUACCGAGAAGCCUGAAAACGUUCAAGCUAUGGCUCUUCGGUUUCUACUAAGCUCAAAUGACAUUCCCAGUCCAUUUGAAUCUAUGGCACCGCUUCUCUGCAUCUUCAAAUGCUAAACUUCUUGCUUUAUUCGGGAGCUCGAGAAAGCUUUCGAAGAGUGUAAUAGCCAUGCGACCAUUACGUAUCUUGAAUGUCGCUGAGAAAAAUGAUGCCGCAAAGGAACUGUCUAGAAUUAUGUCUCGAGGACAAUGUUUGCGGAGGGAAGGAUUCUCAAAGUUCAACAAGAUUUAUGAAUUUGAUUACAACAUUUUGGGAAGUAAUGCCAAAAUGGUGAUGACAUCUUUGUCUGGACAUAUGAUGACUUUAGAUUUCACAGCCAGUCACCAAAAAUGGUACAGCUGUGCUCCUGUAGCCCUGUUAAGUGCUCCUGUUACAAAAUAUGUUGGAGAAAACUAUCUUCCAAUUAAAAGGACUUUAGAGCGAGAGGUGCGUGGUUGUCAAGUGCUGAUAAUCUGGACUGAUUGUGACAGAGAAGGAGAAAACAUUGGAUUUGAAGUCAUCGAAGUUUGUCAAAGUAUUUGUCCUAAUAUCCAGCUUUACCGUGCAAAGUUUUCUGAAAUCACUCCUCAAUCUGUGUCAAGAGCUGUCCACAAUUUAGUUCAACCUGAUGUACUACAGUCACAAGCAGUAGAUGUUAGAAUGGAGCUUGACCUUCGAAUAGGUAAAUUUCAAAAUAGUGGGGUUUAAAAAUAAGAAUUUAAAUUUGUGGUCACUGACUAAAAAACUUUUUGUGUGGACGUUUCGGUUAAAAUACUAUAACCUUCUUCAGCAUAAAUGGCUACAAAUGCAAAUGAGUGCUUUAAAAGAGCCGUGGAAAGGUCACUUGGGAUUGCCAAGGGCCUAGUAAAUGUCAGGAAUGUAAUGUGUCAGGGCUCGAAAUUGCGACCAAUACAGUCGCAUUUGCGACUUAACUUUACUUAUUCGCGGCUAGAAAAACGAGAGUAGUCGCAAAUUUGCGACUAGGUUUUGCCUUGACUGACACAAAUUAAAAGGCCUAGCAGUAAUCUCAAAGGAAAAAGAACAUUACUUGAGGAUGAAAGACACAAUUUAUUCGAAUAGAUGUAA